ACAGGAAGGCGAGCGGAGGGCGAAGGCAUUAAAAUCACUCACUCCAUCUCUUCACGCUCUUUCCAAUUUCCCCUUUCUGGGCUCCCAAUUCUCAUUUCUCACCUCCAAUGGCCGAAGUCAUCAACAUGCCCCUCGACUCCCUCGACCGCCGCGACGGCAACGAUAAAUCAGCCGAAGAGCAGUCCCAGUCUCAGUCACCGUCACCGCCACCGCCACCUCCACCGCCGUCGUCGAGGAGACGCGACAGAAGAGACGACAGAGAACUCGAUCGCCCUCCCAACCGACGCGCUGACUAUUUCGAUCGGAACCGAAGCUCGCCGCCGAGGGAGAGGGAUAGGGACUACAAGCGCCGGAGUAGCCCUAGCCCUCCUCCGCCAUACCGCGACCGCCGCCACUCCCCUCCGCGGAGGUCGCCGCCGCUUCAGCCCUAUAAGAGGUCCCGGAGAGAUGAUGCAGGCUAUGAUGGGAGGCGCGGGAGUCCCAGGGGAGGGUUUGGACCUGGAGAUAGAAGGUUUGGGUAUGAUUAUGCUAGUGGAUAUGAGCGUGAGAUGGGGCCCAGACCUGGAUAUGCUGAUGAAAGGCCUCAUGGUCGUUAUGUUGGUCGCCCAUAUCAAGUUGGCCCAUUUGAUUGGGAUUCAGUUCGCAGUUAUGGUGAUGUUUCCAACAUGGGGAAUACCCAAAGAGAAGGCUUGAUGUCAUAUAAGCAAUUCAUUCAGGAGCUUGAAGAUGAUAUACUACCAGCUGAAGCUGAGCGUAGAUAUCAAGAAUACAAGUCAGAGUACAUUUCAACUCAGAAGCGGUCUUUUUUUGAUUCCCAUAAAGAUGAGGAAUGGUUGAAAGACAAAUAUCAUCCAACAAACUUACUUAGUGUCAUAGAAAGGAGGAAUGAAGUUGCAAGGAAAACUGCGAAAGAUUUUUUGCUUGAUUUGCAAAGUGGAACACUUGACUUAGGACCUGGUGUCAAUGCAUCAUCUUUAAACAAAUCAGGACAGACUAGUGAUCCAAACUCUGAUGAAGAAAUAGAAAUGGGUGGCAAAAGAAGACGGCAUGGUAGGGGACCAACUAAAGAAACUGAUCUUCUUUCUGUUGCUCCCAAGGCUCAUCCAGUCAGUUCUGAACCCAGACGAAUCCAAGUUGACAUUGAACAAGCUCAGGCCCUUGUACGUAAACUUGAUUCUGAGAAAGGAAUUGAGGAGAAUAUAUUAUGUAGAGCAGAUAAUGACAAAAUGAACCGGGAGAAAUCUCAUGGUGGUUCCAUUGGCCCUGUUAUAAUUAUACGAGGUUUGACCUCUGUCAAGGGCCUUGAGGGCAUAGAGUUGUUGGACACUCUGAUUACAUAUCUUUGGCGAAUCCAUGGCUUGGAUUAUUAUGGAAUGCUAGAAACAAAUGAAGCUAAGGGUCUCCGGCAUGUUAGAGUGGAGGGCAAGAGUUCUGAUUUAACAAGUAAUGGGGUUGAGUGGGAAAAGAAGCUUGACUCACAUUGGCAAGAGAGGUUGAGGAGUCAGGAUCCAUUGGAAAUAAUGACUGCUAAGGAAAAGAUAGAUGCUACUGCCAUUGAAUCUUUGGAUCCCUAUGUCCGAAAAAUUAGGGAUGAGAAGUAUGGGUGGAAGUAUGGUUGUGGGGCCAAAGGUUGUACAAAGCUCUUCCAUGCUGCUGAAUUUGUACACAAGCAUCUAAAAUUGAAACAUCCAGAACUUGUGAUGGAGCUGACUUCUAAAGUGCGUGAAGAUCUGUAUUUCCUGAACUAUAUGAGUGAUGCAGAUGCGCCUGGUGGGACACCUGUUAUGCAGCAAUCUCUACUGAAGGACAAGACACAGAAACGCAGGCUAGGUCCAGAUAAUCGAUUGAAAGACAAUCGUAGGGAACGUGAAAAUCGAGCUAAUGGAAGUGAAAGAUAUGAUAGGUCUGAUAACCAUCAGUCAAAUGAUUUCCAGCCCAAUGACGGUCCAGAUGGGGGGAAUCCUGGUGAAGGAAUGUUUGACACUUUUGGUGGUCAAGGCAUGCAUGUUGCUCCUCCUUUUCCCUCAGAUAUGCCCCCUCCACCAGUAUUGAUGCCUGUUCCUGGUGCUGGUCCUUUGGGACCUUUUGUUCCUGCUCCACCUGAAGUUGCAAUGCGUAUGCUGCGAGAGCAGGGCGGGCCAUCCCCUUUUGAAGGUGGGGGGAGGAAUGGGAGGUCUGGGCCCCAGUUAAGUGGGCCAGCCCCAGUUCUUGCUUUAUCUCCAGGUUUAAGACAAGAUCCUCGGCGUCUACGAAGUUACCAGGACCUUGAUGCCCCAGAGGAUGAAGUCACUGUGAUAGAUUACAGGAGUUUGUAGGUACCGAGAUUUGCGAGCAUGAUGAAAUUAUGUGAAGUGGUUCUCUCAAAAGCAAACUUGUGUACUGGGUGAAGGUCAUCUGCAUUUUUUUUUUGCAGUAAUCAAAAUUCAGAAGCAGCCAACCCACCUUGUACUACAAUUUAUUACGACGAGGCUGCUGAGUGCUGCUCAGAAUCCGCUUCCCAUUCAGAUAUUGCUAGGUAUUAUUGCAUGUGUGUUAGUGGCAUGAACUUGCCUGAUAUUUUUUUUUCUCCCACUUGCUUUAGUGACUAAAAUAGAAUAGCCGUUUAUGAUUUUCAGGUGGGAAUGUUCAAUUCUCAUCAAAUUGUAGUCCUGUAAAAUUCACAUCUGGAAUUAGACUUCAGAUUGUUUUAGAAAUGUGAAUAUUCUGUAUUUGAUAUCCAUGGAUCCUCUUUUCUCUGGGCGUCAUUUGAGGCUGAGUCUGGGGGACAUGUUAUGUUUAAGACAAUAAUCAUACAAAAUCCAUCAGGAACUUCACUUUGUAUGGUAA